AUGAGCACAUCCGUAUCCAAUGCCCAGCAAGUCUCCUCGGCGCCAAGUGACUCAACCAGCGCUUUGAACAUAGACGCAAUUGAGUCCGCCAGAAACAACAAUACGCAUAUGACGUCAAAUACGGAGGAGGCCAAUAACGCUAGUCGUUCUAGCUCGAAUAAAAGAAGAACCAAAGCCUCCAGGGCUUGCGACCAAUGUCGAAAGAAGAAAGUUAAAUGUGAUAAUGGCGAUGACAGGUCUGUUUGCACCAACUGUCAAAGAAACGGAGAAAAAUGUACCUUCGAAAGGGUUCCACUAAAGAGAGGCCCUUCUAAAGGCUAUAGUAAAAGUGGCCAUAAGGGCAAAGACAUUAACAAUAAAUCACCAGAUGAUAUUAGAAUGAGAAGAGAGUCAUUCGAAAACAAAUACUCUCCUUCAUCUCCUGCAAGAUCGAAUUCUGUAUUAUUGCCACCAUUAUCGCACUACAUUCCACAAAAUAACUACAACAGUACUACCUCUAAUAAAGGUAGUAGUUCUGGUAACAUCUAUACUAAUAUUCCUAAUAAUUCAGUAAGAGUUAACAGCCUUUCCACAAUCCCGCCUCAAAAUAGUAACGUCAACAAUAACAGCAAUAUAUCAAACUUUGGUUUAGGCCAACAGCAGUUCUGGAAAGUUCCAUACCAUGAAUUUCCACAUCAACGGAGAGGGUCAAUCGAUUCACUUCCUAGCGACAUAUCUGUCAGAACUAUGGAUCCUCAACAACAAAUGUUUUAUUCACAACAUCAGAGAUCUCCAUCUAGCGGAAGCCAGACAGGUAACAACUACUGGUCUUUUUUUAGAAGUGCAAACUCUGCUUCUGCAUCACAGAAUGAUAAAAAAAUUAGUAGCACUAAUAGUGAACCCAGAAGAUCAAGUUCAAUUCCUUCUUUAUUAAGACAACCUUCAACAAAUGGCCUUUUGGACCAACCUCAACUCCCACACCCUGAUUCUUCGUCAACGAAUCCUCAAAACUUUUCAUAUUCACAAUUUCAUCAACAACCAAACCACAUUGGCCACAGUAAUAAUCAUUCGCUUUCUGCUUUUGGUCAGUAUGCAACUGCCGGAUUUCAGUCCAGAAACAAUUCCAUCACAAGUGACGCUAUGUCACCAAAUGAACCAAUUAUGUAUCAACAAAAUGUGAAUGCACCGCUACCGACUAAUGCAACUCAAAGGCAAGACUCAAAAUCAUUAAGUGAAGGUAAUGCCACUCCCUCAAAUAGAGAAAUCUCAAAAGAACAAAACAGUUCAUCGCAAACCAGUAGUCCAGGUAGCAAAAAUGGCACUAAGAAACGGAAAAGAAAUCCCUCUUCGAGAAGAUCAACAACAUCAAAGGGAAGGAAUUCUGUGUCGUCACUUUUGUUGAAUGAUAGACCAGCCAAGAGUCAUUCAUCUCCUGCAUCAAAUAUUGAUGCUAUACAUGACACUUCUUCCACUGCAACUUCGGUAAAUAACACCAAAUCAAGUUCAAGACAUACAAUGAUUUAUGGGCAAAUCUCAGAUGUCGAUUUGAUCGAUCUAUAUUAUGAAUUUAUUCAUAUUGGUCUGCCCAUAAUACCUUUAAACAAAAAAACAUUAACAAAUGACAUCUUGCUAGUUAAUACACAACCGAUAUCUGCCAUUCAUGAGCUGAAUAAUUAUGUUAUUUUAUGGUUUAGAAAUUCAUUGGAGCUACUAAUCAAGAUCGCCAUCAAACAAGACAAAAAUAUUCCUUCUUUUUUUAACUCAUUUGAGCCAACCAUAGAUGACACCAGUAUUAGUAAGGCAAACAAUGCAAGUAUAAGUAAGAACAGUGGUAAUAACGAUGAAUCAAAGGCGAAAUUGGAUUCCGAAACCCAGAGCUUUUUCAUAUCGACGUUAAAUGAAUGCUUCCAAAAAAUAGUCGAUAUCCAUCCAAAACUGAGGGAGCACGACGACGAGAUAUCUCCAAAGAUAAAAGUAAUCUAUCUAUCAACUUUUAUUAUAUUGAAUUAUGUUCUCUCUUUUGUUGGUCAUGAUAAUUCCUUUGUAUUAGGUAUGUCAGUUACUAUAUUCAACGAAUUCAAGCUUUACAAGUUAUUGUUAUCCAUAGGUAAACCUCAAGCUAAAUCACGCACAAAUAGUAUCGAAACAGACGUGGACUGUUCAAUACUAUUUAAAAGGCUUUACGUAUUAUUGAUAAUAUUUGAUUCCAUCGAAAGUUGUACCUAUGGCAGCCCCAAGUUAUUGAAUAUUCCAAUUCAUAACACUACAGAGUUAUAUUUUGAUAAUAGCAAUGGUAAUAAUUUUGAUUCGAAAUGGACAGUAGAAGAAAACCCAAAUAUGCUUAAGAUUAUUUUACAGAGUUUAAAGUUAGGAGAAUUUGUUUCAGAAUUGGCGAUGAAUAGAAAAUCAAUGAAUAACUUCUUACUUGAUAAUAAUGAUCCAAAAUGCCUAAUAUGGGAGCCUAAAACCCAAGUUGUCUCUGAUAAAAAUGAUUCCAGCGAUGGUUCAUUUUUUUGUUUGCCUGGCUUGUUUCACAAGCUUUUGCUUACAAAAAGGAAUUUUAUUAAUCUCUUACUAUCACUAAAUGGAACAGACAAUGAAAAACCCAAACUGACAAUUGAAUCAACGUCGAAAAUAUCAGAUACACUUUGUGAAUUGAUAAAUCAAAUAUUACAAAUAUUGACAUCUUCAAUGAGAUUGAAUCCUACAAACAGCAUUGAUCCUAAUUAUAGACCGAGUGAUACUAGCCAGCACUCCAUGGAAAGUACUACCGAGAACAAUGCAACGAUGGUUCUAACUACGCCCACCCAAAUCCCUACUAUACCCAGUGAUUUUUACCAAAGGCUUCUAGGAUUAUCCAAGGAAAAAGAAAGAGAAUCAGAUGUUGAAAAGGGAAUAGUUAGCCCUUUUGCUAUCCCAAUAAUUUAUGAGUUACACAACAUCAUCAAUAUAUUAAAACAAUUGCCAACCCAAUUAAUAGGUAUAAUAAUGAGGAUGCCGCACGAAUUUGACAAUACAGCUGCCCAAAGCCAGGUUGUAAAAUUGUCAAAUUCAAUGAAUGAAGUUGUGCAAAUCAUGAGCUUACUAAAUUUGGUCAAACCAUUCAAGAUUUUUGAUAAUGAUCUUAGUCAACGGUGUUUGUCUCCAGAGGAUGACACCACCAAAGACCUAGUUAUGAAGUGGAAGUUUCUGGAAAAAGGUGAGGUGAACAAAACAGAUGAAUUGAAUGAAAAGUUUAUCGACAUCGGAUGGAAAUUACUAGAUGACUCAGAACUGGGUUGGUUUUAA